GUUCCAGACUGCGAUCAGGGUCGUAUAUAAGUCCUGGGCAGCCCACUCGGAGAUCCUCUUGUGCUGAGCACAUCUGCGCCCUGUCCCUCUUUUCCCUAUACUCUUCAGUUUCACGUCUGCGCGGGCCGCUGUUAUGUUUUCAUCCCAGCUUUGGUCUGUUCUCUCGCUUCUUCUCGUGCUUGCUCCUCUUGGGCGUGGUCUGCCACUACAACGUCGCGUGCAAGAGCGGGAGUCGGUCUCUCGAAGGGGCGCUGGACGUGGCUUUGAGAUCCCAAUCGUGAGGAAGAGGACGGGCCGAGUGCGACGACGCAACGAUGCUGUUGGCGAAGCUGAGCUCGGGGAUCUCGUAGACUUUCAGUACACUGUGGGUUUGACCCUGGGUAGUACUUCUACCAGCGCGCAUUUAGAUACGGGGUCAAGCGAUCUCUGGAUCAUCUCAGACGCCUGUACAGGAGGAACCUGCGCGAAGUCCAAUGGUACCAGGUACUCGACGGCGACAGCCAACAACACGGGCGCCGGGGUCACCUUGCGCUACGGCGAUUCCACUACUGGAACUCAGGCUACGGGACCGAUUGUCAAGGAUACCGCGACCAUAGCAGGCAUUUCAGUACCUCAACAAGUAUUCGCCGCUGUCAACUUCACCGACAACACCAUCGUUUCAAGUGCUGUCGAUGCUGCGGGUAUUUUUGGCUUGGGCUUCCCUUCCGAAAGCCUUGUACAAGGCGCUAUCGUGAAUGUCCAGUCCAACAAUCCCUCCACAACCGACGAUUUCAUCGAUUCCAUCCCCGACAAUGGGCCGUUGCUCUCUCGCAUAGCAAUGAGCGGCGACGUUGACCAGCCGAUGUUUACCAUCAGCCUCCAGAGGGAUACGAUCGAGAUCGGUGGCAAUGACGGCGCGCUGACCGUUGGACGCUUGCCUGACGGUGUCGACAAUUCGUCGUUGACGUGGGUCCCCGUGAAGCUUUACUCUCCCGCGGUUGGGGGGAUUCAACCUCCUACAUUUGCACCCAAUGAGGUUUAUCCAUUGCGUUGGGAGGUGGAGCUCGAUGCCGUUUUCCUUGAUGGGCAGCAGCUCGCGGAUACGACCCAGACCGGAUCCCUCACUGGGAACUCAUUGUCGGCACUGAUUGAUACUGGUAAUUCGCUCAUGCGUGGACCAACUGAUGUCGUGGAUAACAUCCUAUCCACGAUUUCUCGUGCAUAUGCUAAGAACCCGACCGCCGACCCAACGUUCUCCUGUUCGACGCCUCACACCCUCGCGUUCCAAAUCGGUGGCAAGACGUUCCCCAUCGAUCCACUGGACUUCCUGCGCCAGGCUUCAACACCCGCACCAAAUGACUGCACUGCCAGCAACAUCGUCGCGACUGAUCCCCCAAGCGUUGGCGCGACGUUCAGCUGGUCUCUCGGCGACCCGUUUUUCAAGAGCACCCUGGUCGCAUUCUACUACGGUAACCUCACACACCCUUCCGUCGAUCCGCCUCGUAUCGGGUUCAUGUCUACCGUGACGAGCGACACGACGGCGGAACUCAGUCAAGCCAUUGCCGAUGCGCAAACUGAGGGCGGUUUGUUCGAGAGUACUCUCGAGGUCGCGCCCUCUGCGAGCGCCGCGGUUACAACUGUGAAUCCCACCGACACGGUAGAUGCGGCUGAGGCUACGGCGUCGUCAGCCUCGGCAUCACCUUCCGACGCCGCCACCGCGGUCACGGCGAGCGCUGAGGCGAGCGCAUCGUCAACGUCUUCGAACACCGCAUCGUCUAGCCAGCAGACGAGCUCAGCUACUAUCACACGAACAACGCGCACUGGCGCCUGGAUGGUUAUCCUUGCUGUGCUUUCAAUGCUUUCCUGCACGUUUUGAGUAGACACACCGAUCAUAGACAAGUACUGCACGGACAUUAACAUUGCAUUUUAUAUCAUGGCGUGAAGUAGCUUAUUGAUAGCUCGUAAUCAUCAUCGCAUGCUGGCCCAGACGGCGUGCCUGCCGCGAC